AUGGAGAAUAUUCACGUUCGUAAUAGUAGUGAAGAUACUAUUCUUGAGAAUGUUUGGGCUAAAAUUAUAAGCAAUGAUGAUGGAAGAAGAAAUGGAAAUGAAGGAGAAUGUUCUAAGUCUAACACAUGGGAAGAUUUGCCUAAUCUUGGUGAAAGAGGUAGUGGGUCAGUUGAAAUUCUUCAAAGACUACCGAGUUUAGGAAGAUGGAUAUCAAUGGGAGCUGAUUUUUGGGAAGAAGUUUUAAGCAAUACAGAAGAUUUUUCUAGCAGCAAAAGCAUGGAAAAAAAUGAAAGUGUUAGUACAUCAAAGAAAAAAGUAGAAGAAGUUGUUGUGCGAAAAGAGAGAAAGAGAGAUGAAAAACAUUAUAGAGGAGUAAGGAGAAGGCCAUGGGGUAAAUACGCAGCGGAGAUAAGAGAUUCGUCGAAGAAAGGUGCGAGAGUUUGGCUUGGUACAUUUGAUAAAGCUGAAGAAGCUGCUUUGGCUUAUGAUAAAGCUGCUUUGAGAAUUAGAGGCUCAAAAGCAUGUCUUAACUUCCCAAUAGAGAGAGUUACAAAUACAAAUACAAAUACAAAUACAAACAGUGAAAGGUUAUUGGAUUCUAGGAAGAGAGGGUUAAGGGACAGUGAAGAGUUUGUUGAUGUGAUGAAUAUUGAAGAGCCUGUAACAAAGAAGAUGGUAGGGUUGGAAGAAAGGUUGGAAAAUGAUGUUUUUGUAUUUCAGGACUUGGGAGUUGAUUACUUGGACAGUUUGUUGUCUUCAUUUUGA